UUUUGGUAGUGAGCACCCUCUGCGCAUGCGCAGGUCCAUUCGGGAAUUACUGCCCUGCCGCCGACUAAGUUGCAUUCCUUGAAUCUUCGCAGAAAAGACAAUUCUUUAAUCAGAGUUAGUAAUGUGGACAGUACAAAAUCGAGAGAGUUUGGGGCUUCUCUCUUUCCCUGUGAUGAUUGCCAUGGUCUGUUGUGCACACAGCGCCAAUGAGCCCAGCAACAUGUCAUACGUGAAAGAGACAGUGGACAGAUUGCUCAAAGGAUAUGACAUUCGCUUGCGGCCGGACUUUGGAGGGCCCCCUGUGGACGUAGGGAUGCGGAUCGAUGUCGCCAGCAUAGACAUGGUCUCCGAAGUGAACAUGGAUUAUACACUCACCAUGUAUUUCCAGCAAUCUUGGAAAGACAAAAGGCUUUCUUAUUCUGGAAUCCCACUAAAUCUCACGCUAGACAACAGGGUAGCUGACCAACUCUGGGUGCCAGACACCUACUUUCUGAAUGACAAGAAAUCAUUUGUGCAUGGGGUUACAGUGAAGAAUCGAAUGAUCCGACUGCAUCCUGAUGGAACAGUUCUCUACGGACUCCGGAUCACAACCACAGCUGCAUGUAUGAUGGAUCUACGAAGAUAUCCUCUGGAUGAGCAAAACUGCACUCUGGAGAUUGAAAGUUAUGGCUAUACCACUGACGACAUUGAGUUUUACUGGAAUGGAGGAGAGGGAGCAGUAACUGGAGUUAAUAAAAUUGAGCUUCCUCAGUUUUCAAUUGUCGACUACAAGAUGGUCUCCAAGAAAGUGGAGUUCACAACUGGGGCAUAUCCACGACUGUCACUAAGUUUUCGUCUAAAGAGAAAUAUUGGCUACUUCAUUUUGCAAACCUACAUGCCUUCCACAUUGAUUACAAUUCUGUCCUGGGUGUCUUUUUGGAUCAACUAUGAUGCAUCUGCAGCCAGAGUUGCACUAGGAAUCACCACCGUGCUGACAAUGACAACCAUCAGCACUCACCUCAGGGAGACUUUGCCGAAGAUCCCUUAUGUCAAAGCGAUUGAUAUUUACCUGAUGGGUUGCUUUGUGUUUGUGUUCCUGGCUCUCCUGGAAUAUGCCUUUGUAAAUUACAUCUUCUUUGGAAAAGGCCCUCAGAAAAAGGGAGCUAGCAAACAAGACCAGAGUGCCAAUGAGAAGAACAAACUGGAGAUGAAUAAAGUUCAGGUGGACGUCCACGGCAACAUCCUCCUCAGCACCCUGGAGAUCAAGAACGAGACGAGCGGCUCGGAAGUGCUCACGGGCGUGAGCGAGCCCAAGGCCAGCAGCAUGUACUCGUACGACAGCGCCAGCAUCCAGUACCGCAAGCCCCUGAGCAGCCGCGGGGAGGCGUACGGGCGCGCGCUCGAGCGGCACGGCGCGCACAGCAAGGGGCGCAUCCGCAGGCGCGCCUCGCAGCUCAAAGUCAAGAUCCCCGACUUGACUGAUGUGAACUCCAUAGACAAGUGGUCCCGAAUGUUCUUCCCCAUCACCUUUUCUCUUUUUAACGUCGUUUAUUGGCUUUACUAUGUACACUAAGGUCUGUCCUAAGGGUUCGUAAACGACUACUUUCCUCUUUUGAUUUUUGACCCCACAGGCCCCCCGCAGCGCCACUGCUGUGCUUUUUUGAGGUAAGAGAUUCAGCCAUCCGAUUGGUUUGAGGUCUUGCAUAUCAAUUUUAUUACUGCACCAUGUUUACUUCCAAAAACAACACACACACACACACACACACACACACACGCACACACACACACACGCCACAAAGAAAACUCUAUUUUUUUCCAGUCUACUGUGGUCCAGGUUAUCAGCUCUGUCAGAGCUCUAUUAAUUGCCGUGUUUACAAACAAAGAACAAACACACACAAAGAGAGAAGUUAUAUAGGUAGAUCUUUAGCAGUCCUAUCUCUUGGCCCUGGAUUUUUUCGAUCUAUUUUUUAAAAUGAGAAGGAAAACAGGACCUAGCUCUCCGCGCGCACUGCUUCCUGGUAAACUGUAACAAUCUCAUGCUGCCAAAAACAAAACAAAACAAAACAAAAACAAAAACAAAAAACCAACACAAUUUCCAGGAUCUCAGAAGAAAAAACAAAGCCAUUGACAAGUUACAGAUUUCCAGGAAGAAGGGGGGAUAAGAGGAGCCUAGAAGAGGAAGGAAGUCUCCCCUCCAGCCUCAAGCCCCCCCAGCGCCCUUGCAGAAGGGGUCCCAGCUCCACGGGCGAGGAGGGAGGGAUUGACAAGGGCUGAUGGAGGUUGUGCAAACCAAACCUGCCAUCUUCACCUCACCAUUAAGCUGGAUAUUCUGAAAAACAACAACAGAACAAAACAACAACAACAAAAAAAACCCGCUUCUUUCUCAGACUUGCAGGCAGAUUUAAAAUUAACACUCAAAUCCAUCCUGGUGGCCAUUGAGAACAUUUCUCUCUUCUUGUUGAGAAUAAGGAGUCUCAGGGCAAUGGAGAUUUAUUUAACUGACUAUCUCAAAUGAGCAGCCCUGAACUCAUUUUAUUACCCUGGAAUCACUUGCCUCUGUGCCCUGAAGCCAUGCCUUCACAUCUCCUUAGUUCCUGCUCCAGAGAGAGUGAGAGGAAGGGAAUGGGGGAGGAGGGCUUUAAUAAUGGGCUGGUGAGCAUUUUUUGCAUGUAAAACACAUUGCCCUUUCCACGAGGAAGGCAAGACUUAUGUGCUGUGAAAAGGGUGCCUGGGCAGUUACCUAAACUGCCAAAUCUUAAAUCAAAUAGUAUAUAUUUCUUAGCCUUCCAGAGAGCACCUAAUGGUGACAGGCCUGGUUGCACAGGCCCCGGCUAAUAACCUUAGCGCUCACCUCUCUGAGUUCUGCAUUCCAAAGUAGGAAAUGAAUGCUUCCAGAAAUGCACAUACACCCAUUUUGCUGUCACUCUCAUCUGAGGCCAGAUUACCUUUUUAAAGAAAAAUCUCAAAAUAGGAAAACCACAGAUAUCAACAACAACCGUGACAAAAUCACUGGGCCUUCAAACAUUUAUACCAGCCCCUAAAGCAUAGAACACAUCUGCACUCAUUAAUCAUUAAUCAGCAGUCAUUACUGCUCUGCCUUAUCUCUGCUCACGGAUUACUGUGGUCAUGAUUGUCAUAGAAGGGGCAUCCCUCAGUAGCCCAACACACAAUUCUAAACACGUCUAACCAGCUACAGUUGAGGUUUAUCCCAUUUUAUGUCAUGAAAGCCUCAUUAAUUUUUUUUCACCCUGAGUAUCUUAAGAAUUCUGUAUGUUCAUUCACAAGGUUGAGUGAAACCCUAAAACAACCAACCAGUGAUGGAGGCAAUUGGGGAUCUGACCCCUUGCUGUCAAAUAUGGGUUUAGGUAAUAAUAAGGACAAUUGCAUCAUUUGAUGAACUGGCUUUCUCCCUAAGGCUGUGAUGAGGGUCCGUGUUGACAGUAGCAUCAGCUGCUAGAAUUUAUAGUCUUAAUUGGAAAGACAAGGCCAAAUUCCUGCUGAUGAGCCCAAGGGGACAGAGUUUUGAGAUACUCUUUUUAGAAAGCAAAAAGAAAAGAGAAACCUAAAAUAAAUGAAUGGUUAUAGCCAAAGACAAUAUACGUUAGUAAAAAUAUAAAAACUGUGCUUUUACUGGAAAAAUUAUCUCAAUGGUUUCAUAACCAAUUAGUAGGGUAUGGGGACCAAAUUCUCAUUUAGAUUUUCAAUUGCAUAAUCACAGUUCCAUGGUCAAGGAAGUCUCCAGCCUCUGGGGAUGAAGGGAUCCAUUUUGAAACUGACUACUUCUUGGCAUGGAAAGAGGCUUUGCCAUCAUGAAAUGCCCAAAUAGAAUGGAAGGUGCCCAUGCCGGUGACUGUAAGGUUAAUAUUCCCAAUGACCACUCAGGAAAUACUGUGUAUUUUAAACACAGGAAGGUAGACUUUGGGCUGAUGCUCAACAGGAAUGAAUCAUCUGAUGUCAAAGUUUUUUAAAAAGCUUUUAAGGAUGAAAUGCUAAAUUAGAAAGGAAGUAUCUAUGAUCUAUGUUCCUUAACAAAACAAUUUUUCUUUAUUCACCUGUUUAGAUCAUUCUCCUUGGAAAAGAUUGAGGUAAUUUAUAUCUUUACUAAUUUUUUUAUCUUGCCUUAAAAGUCUAAAGAAUUUGAUGCUUGUAGUUCAGGUGUAAAGCAUCUCUGAGAAAAAAAUAGAACAUUUUUAAAUCUUAUAUCUUAGCCUUUGUAAAUUGCAAAAUUAGUAAGCCUGAAUCUACCAUCAGGCACAAAAUGGUAUCAUUGUAUGUCUUCGUAGGCUUAGAGAGGGCACAGCCACAGGAUUGUGCAAAUUCUGUUAAUAGCUCUGACUUAGAGGCAAUGGUAGCCUGAAAAAUGGAGAAGCUGAUGUAUUUCUGGUUAAUGACCUUUGUCCCCACUUCCUUCUUUAGGACACCUCUCAGCCAAAUCCCCUCCUCUGUGGCCCCCACCCAAACUCCCUCCAGGCUUAACAGUGCAGGGAAAAAAAACUGCUUCCUUCUCUGCCUCUCUCCCUUGUCUUGCUCUAAAUGAUGUACAUAAUACAUAAAAAUUGUUAGACAUUCCUAAGUGCCCUCAAACCGGUCCCCACUUCUGAAAGAUUCAGAUCAGUACAUUAUCGAGGGGUUACUCUCCUGCUAUUACUGGGUUGUUUUAUCUUUGCCAUGAAAAUAGCCAUAAUCUCCUGCAUUACUGAAGUGGCAGCAGAGGCAGAAAAUUGCACAGACUCACUCUCCUUUGCCACAGUCAUGUUCAGGGGACCCCAUGUUCGCAGUUCAUAAACUGUGUCAUAGAUUUAACCUGUGUAGACCCAGCAGAACCUUAUCUUUCAUUUGACAACGACGACUACACAUUUUUUUCUACUCAUGUUCCUUGGCUUAAAAUAGAGGUGACACGUGUGUUACGCUUACCAGCUUUGUGAGGCAGACCCAGAUAAAGACACAUUUUUGGCUUAAAUUAUCCAGGAUUAUUGCCUCAAUCCUCUAUAUUGCCAAACAGAAACAGCAGACUGGUUGGUAAUUCUGCUGAUUAAAUGAUAUGUGUUUUCAUAUCAUAUACACCAUCUUUAUUGUGCAUUACAAUCAAUGAAAGAUCUUGAAAAUGCAAAGAGAAAAAUGUGGUGCAGAGAAUAAAGUUUGGUUUAUGGAUCCAAGGAUAGCCAACAAACAUUAUGUACAAUCUACAGAAAUGUUGAGUAAAUGCCAUCUUUCCAAAA